AUGGCAAGCUUCACCCGGCCUGUGCCUUCGACCAUUGGUGCGCUGGGGUUCGAGAUCCUCUCCAGCGAGGAGAUCAAAUCAAUAUCAGUCAAGCGCAUUCACAAUACCCCAACUCUCGACUCUUUCAAUAAUCCCGUCCCGGCAGGCUUAUACGACCCAGCUCUGGGUGCAUGGGGUGACCAUGUAUGUACAACAUGCCGGUUAAAUUCUUGGUCUUGCGCUGGCCAUCCCGGCCACGUAGAGCUACCAGUUAAUGUCUACAAUGUUACCUUUUUUGAUCAACUCUUUCGCCUGCUGAGAGCGCAAUGCAUUUACUGCCACCGGUUUCGAAUGUCGAGGUUACAAAUCAAUAAAUAUGUUUGCAAGUUACGACUCUUACAAUACGGUUUGGUGGAAGAUGCUGCCGCUGUUGGAAAUAUGGAGCUGGAAAGGGGUACACGAAAAGGGGACGGCGAAGACUCUGAUAGUAGCGAGGAAGAGGACGAAAUGGAUCUUAUUGAUCGCCGUAAUGCUUUCGUCCGCAAGUGCAUAUCCAACAUUACAACUCGCGGAAACGAUCAAAAUCGUGGACGAAUGACUAAAAAUCCAGUAGUAGCGGAAAUGAGAAGAAAUACUGUCCACGAUUUCUUGAAGGAUGUUACCAAUACUAAGAAGUGUACAUCCUGUAGUGGCAUUUCCCCCUCUUUCAGAAGAGACAAAUACUCAAAAAUUUUUCGAAGAUCGUUACCACAAAAAGCAAAAGCCGCCAUGAUUGCAGCAGGCCUACAAAUUCCUAACCCACUCGUACUAAUGGAGGAAGCGACUCGCCUUUCUAAGAAAAGCAAAUCGAUUGGACUUAUGGAUGAGGCAAACGGAAUCGAGGAUGAUGAUUACAGCAUUAUUACUGAGUCACAUGGCGCAGAACACCAGGUAUCAAUGGGGAACGCAGUGUUGGCGGCAGCUGAAGAAAAAGGAGCAUAUGGCCGUACGCAAUCGGAAGACGCACAACAAUAUAUACCAUCCUCGGAAGUGUAUGCCUCAAUGCGAUUUUUGUUUGAGAAAGAACAGGAGAUAUUAGAUCUGAUUUACGAUUCGAGACCGGGUGCAGGCCGACGGUCGCAUGUAUCUGCUGACAUGUUUUUCAUUAAACACUUGCUUGUACCACCUAACAAAUAUCGUCCAGCGGCGCAGCAGGGCCCGAAUGAGAUAAUGGAAGCUCAGCAAAAUACAUCGUUCACCCGAAUCCUGAAGCUUUGCGAGCAAAUUAGUCAAAUCAGCCGAGAGAGGCAGGGAGAUGGUGCUGAGUCACUGUCCCGUAUUCGUGGUUAUCGUGACCUUCUCCAAGUUAUAGUUCAGCUUCAAGAUGCCGUCAACAGUUUAAUAGACCGUGAUCGAAACCCUGCACAAGGGGCGGCAGGCAUGCAAAACGAAGAUGGGAUCAAGCAAAGAUUAGAAAAAAAAGAUGGCCUUUUUCGUAAAAAUAUGAUGGGAAAACGUGUCAAUUUUGCAGCAAGAAGUGUUAUAUCUCCGGAUCCCAAUAUCGAAACCAACGAGAUUGGAAUUCCUCUUGUUUUUGCCAAGAAACUGACAUACCCUGAGCCGGUCACAGAUGGGAAUCAUGAGGUACUUCAGCAGGCUGUCAGAAAUGGCCCUGAUAUAUACCCUGGCGCUGCAGCUGUUGAGAAUGAGCUUGGCCAAGUGGUUAACUUAAAAUUCAAGUCUGCUGAUGAACGUGCUUCAAUUGCAAGCAUGUUAACGGCGUCCUCAAAUUGGAAGCUCAAGUGCUCAAGGAAUAAGAAAGUAUAUCGACAUUUAAUGACUGGAGAUGUGGUGUUGAUGAAUCGACAGCCAACUUUGCACAAACCAUCCAUCAUGGGCCACCGUGCUCGUGUUUUAAUUGGAGAAAAAACGAUUCGUAUGCAUUACGCUAAUUGCAAUACAUAUAACGCAGAUUUUGAUGGAGAUGAGAUGAACUUGCAUUUUCCUCAAAAUGAAAUUGCACGGGCUGAGGCAAUGUACCUUGCUGAUACGGAUCAUCAAUAUCUUGUUGCGACAUCUGGGAAGCCUUUACGUGGCCUCAUUCAGGAUCAUAUCUCAAUGGGAACGUGGUUUACGUCGCGUGAUAGCCUUUUUGACGAAGAAGAUUAUCAGCAAUUGCUUUACAGCUCUCUUCGCCCCGAAAAGUCACAUGUGGUCAGGGAAAAGAUUGAACUUAUGCCGCCCACAAUCUUCAAACCACAGCCGAGAUGGACUGGAAAACAGGUUAUUUCCACAAUUCUCAAAAAUAUUACUCCUGUAUCCCAGUCUGGAUUAAACUUGAAAGGAAAGUCUUCGACUCCUGGAGAUCGAUGGGACAAGGGCUCCGAAGAAAACGAAGUCAUUUUCAAAGAUGGGGAGCUUUUGUGCGGCAUAUUGGACAAAGCCCAGCUUGGACCCAGUGCCGGUGGGCUGAUACAUUCAGUUCAUGAAGUAUACGGCCAUACAGUUGCUGGAAAGCUCAUUGGCAUCCUUGGUCGUUUGCUCACAAGGUUCUUGCAAAUGCGCGCUUUUACCUGUGGUAUGGACGACUUGCGACUGACUAAGGAGGGCGACAAGGUGAGAAAACAGCAGUUGGAGAAAGGCAACACCCUUGGCCGUGAAAUUGCGCUUCAAUACGUGACCUUGGAUAAGAGUACGGCUGAUGACAAGGACGCAGAGUUACGGAGACGACUUGAAGAUGUACUACGGGACAAUGAAAAACAGGCAGGCCUUGAUAGCGUGUACAACUCAAGAUCAGCCGGCCUCUCGUCCGACAUUACGGCCGCAUGUUUGCCCCGUGGUCUUGAAAAACCUUUCCCAUUCAAUCAAAUGCAAACGAUGACCGUAUCUGGUGCUAAAGGAUCGAUGGUCAAUGCAAACCUGAUCUCCUGCAACUUGGGCCAACAAGUUUUAGAAGGCCGUAGAGUUCCAGUCAUGAUUAGUGGAAAAACGCUUCCAUCGUUCAAACCCUACGAGACGAAGCUUGUUGCUGGUGGAUACGUUUCUGGUCGUUUCCUUACUGGAAUCAAACCCCAAGAGUAUUAUUUUCAUGCUAUGGCCGGUAGAGAAGGUCUAAUCGAUACAGCUGUUAAGACAUCCCGUUCUGGAUAUUUACAGCGUUGUUUGAUCAAGGGGAUGGAGGGCUUGAAAGCAGAGUAUGAUACCUCAGUCCGGGAUGCCGCAGAUGGUACUCUGGUUCAAUUCGUCUAUGGAGAGGAUGGUUUAGACAUCACGAAACAAAAGCAUCUUCAAGACUUUGGGUUUUUAGCUCAGAAUUUCCAGUCGAUUGUCUCGCAAGUUAAUGGCAAGAAUGAGUAUGACAAAAUCGCUAGCUGUGAUGCUUCGGAUUGGAGUAGAGACGCUAUGAGGGUAGUAAGAAAAACUGGCAAGCUGGACGCUAAAGAUCCAGCAUUAACUCUUUAUCCCCCUAACGCGAACUUUGGAAGCACGUCCGAAUCCUUUACCGCUGCGUUGAGUAAAUACCGGAAAGAAAACCCCGAUAAGAUAUUGAAAGAUACUACGAAAGAAAAGACCAACCGUAUUUCAAAGAGAAACUUUGAGCGUAUCAUGAACUUGAAAUAUAUGCGCUCUGUUGUGGACCCUGGCGAAGCUGUUGGGAUUGUUGCUGGACAGUCUAUUGGCGAACCUUCAACUCAAAUGACACUCAACACUUUUCACUUAGCAGGUCAUUCUGCUAAAAACGUCACUCUAGGUAUUCCUCGCCUUAGGGAAAUUGUUAUGACAGCGAGUACCCAUAUCAUGACUCCUACCAUGUCCGCCGAUUUAUAUGAUGAAGCUUCUCAGAGGGAUGGGGAAUUAUUCGCGAAAGUUAUUAGCCGGCUCACUCUUGCAGAGGUAAUCGAUAAACUCUCGGUACACGAGCGUAUUGCUACAAAAGGUCAAAUCAAAGUAAAGCUCUACGAUAUUCACAUUGACCUAUUCCCACCCGAAGAGUACACUCAGGAAUACGCCAUCAAGGUUGAAGACGUGCUAGAAACGCUAGAGAAACGAUUUAUUCCAAAACUCGUCAAGCUUACGACGGCUGAAUUGAAGAAACGAACCAACGAAAAGUCUCUCUCCAGCUUUUCUGCUGCGCAGCCAGAGAUAGGAGCAUCUGUUGGCGUGGUUGAAGAUGGUCCACGUGUUGGCGAGGGGCGAGGUGAAGCUGACGAUGAUGAAGAUGAAGAUGAAGAUCCAGAUGACGCAAAAAGGGCACGAUCAUCACAGAACAGGUCAAACCAGGCAUCGUAUGAAGCCCCUGAUGAUGAUGAUCAAGACGUUAUACGCCGUCAGGAUACCCCAGAAGUCGAGUCUGGUGAUGAAGAUGACGAUAAUAAUGGAAAGAAACGUAAACCCCACACAUCCAAUGAUGAUGAUGUUGAAAUGGAAGAUGUUUCAGUAACGAACAAUGCUAAGGAACGCGAGGAGUCUGUGCGAGAUAAAUAUGCGGAAGUCACCAAAUUCAAAUUCGACAUUAGAAAGGGGAACUCCUGCAUUAUCCAGCUGCAAUACGAUGUCUCGACUCCCAAACUCCUUCUAUUACCUCUUGUGGAGAAUGCAGCCCACACAGCCCUGAUCCAAUUUAUUCCUGGCCUUGGGACUUGUAGCUAUGUUCCCGAAGACAAAGGAACCCGGGCUCACGUUAUCACCGAUGGAGUCAACCUUCUUGCUAUGCGCGAUUAUCAGCACAUCAUUAACCCCCAUACCCUAUACAGCAAUUCUAUUCACCAUAUGCUUACUCUCUACGGCGUCGAAGCCGCUCGAGCAAGUAUUGUGCGUGAGAUGGAUGCGGUGUUCAAAAGUCACAGUAUCGCCGUUGAUAACCGCCAUUUGAACUUGAUUGGUGAUGUAAUGACUCAGGGUGGGGGGUUCCGCCCAUUUAAUCGUAUGGGUAUUGUUAAAGAUAGUACAUCACCGUUGAUGAAAAUGAGUUUCGAAACUACUGUGAGGUUUUUAAGGGACGCUGUUCUGGAUCGUGAUUGGGACAAUCUUGCUGGACCUAGCAGCCGAAUUGUCAUGGGAAGAACUAGUACUGUAGGAACGGGUUCGUUUGAUAUUCUCGUACCUAUUGCAUAA